GAAUUCGAUGAUAAACAUGUCAUCAGUUGACACCUACAAAUUCAGCGAUAUAUUAAUUAAUCGUAUUAAAAGGCUAAAGCAACAACAUGCAAAGAAGCCAUUCAAAGAUGGGAAGAGAAAACAGGACUGGUUGCGAGCGAACAAAAGGAUAUAAUUUUAUCCUUCCAGUGGCCUCCAAUCGAGAGAAUGGAUAACAGUUUGGCGGCAUUAAUUAACGUUGAGAAAUUAUCUUUAUCGACAAAUGUAAUAGAAAAAAUUAGCGGCAUUAGUUCGCUGAAAUAUCUGAGGAUCCUAUCUCUGAGCAGAAACAAUAUCAAAACGUUCUCAGGAUUGGAGGCAAUUGGAGACCACUUGGAGGAGCUGUGGAUAUCUUAUAACUUGAUUGAAAAGAUCAAAGGUGUUAAUGCUCUUAAAGCGCUCAAGGUUUUAUAUAUGGGUAACAAUCUGGUGAAAGAUUGGGCAGAAUUUAAUCGUCUGCAGGAGAUACCUACUCUUCAAGAUUUGUUAUUCAUCAACAAUCCUAUAUGUGAGAAUAUGGAUGCAGAGUCAUGGCGUGCACAAGUUGUAAGAAGAUUGCCUGCGUUGAAAAAACUCGACGCGAUACCAAUCGUGUAUGUUAUACAUUCUUUACAAUGGAUAUUUAUUACAUGUAACUAUACUGUUUUAUAUGAGUUAUGA